ACUCCUAGUGGCGUGCACGUACCUGUGCAGUCGACAUGAGGCCUGGCUGGCUCAGAGGUGUUCUGCUGGUCACCUUUGUGGCCUCCACCCUGCUGUACCUGGGCUCCAUUCGGAGGGAUGUGAAAAGCCACUCGGAGCGUCUGCACAGGGUCAUCUACAAUGACUCAGUUCACGAACAGGGGAUUUUAAAGAGGCUGGAAAAGAUGGAAGCUGGCAUUGAGAGACUGCUCAAAGUUGUAAACAAUGCACAGCCAGUGGCGGUGAUGGCGAAAGCCGAGGACAAGGCAGAAAAAGAGCUCAAGGACAAGAAGGUGGUGAGGAAACUGUUCCCCAACUCAGCCCUGUUCAAGAAGUGGGGAGAGGGUUUGAGCGAGGAGGAGCAGAAGGAGGCCGAGGCCUUGUUCACCCAGUAUGGCUACAACGCCUUCCUUAGUGACAGGCUGCCGCUCAACAGAGAGAUUCCCGACACACGCCACGCCAGAUGCACACAGAAAAAGUAUCCGGCUGAUCUCCCCAGCCUGAGCGUGGUGUUGAUAUACCUGAAUGAAGCUCUGUCUAUUAUCAAGCGGGCAGUCCGCAGCAUCUUGGACAAGACCCCUGCCAGCCUGCUCAGGGAGAUAAUACUAGUGGACGACCACAGCACAAAUGAGGACCUUAUGGAGAAGCUGGAAGACUACAUCAGGAUCAUCCACGAGGAGCGUCCAGGACUGCUGAAGCGGGUCGUGCACAAGGAGCAGCUUGGCCUCACCCAGGCCAGACUGUCUGGAUGGAAGGUAGCCACUGGUGAUGUGGUGGCCAUCCUGGACGCCCAUAUUGAAGUCCACGUGCAAUGGGCAGAGCCGCUGCUGGCUCGCAUCAAGGAGGACCGCACGGUCAUCCUGACGCCUGUCUUCGAUCGGGUCAAUUACGACGACUUGAUCGUGACCCACUACGGACCGGCCGCCGACGCCUUUGACUGGGCCCUGUGGUGCAUGUACGAGUCCUUCAGGCCCGAGUGGUACGAGCUCAAGGACGAGUCGCUGCCUGCCAAGAGCCCAGCCAUCAUGGGGAUACUUGUUGCAGAUCGCAAGUUCUUUGGCGAGAUCGGCAGCCUGGAUGGAGGAAUGAAAAUAUACGGCGGUGAGAACGUGGAGCUGGGCAUUCGGGUAAGACUCCGGUGCAGUUCAAGUUCUCAACAAAAGCAGAACGUUUGGUCAGCGCGAUCCGGCGGCUCGCCUCUGUGUUUGAGCCUGCAGGUGUGGCUGUGCGGCGGCAGCGUGGAGGUCAUCCCCUGCUCCAAGAUCGCCCACAUCGAGCGCGCCAAGAAGCCCUACCUGAAUGACCUCAGUAUCACCAUGAAGCGAAACGCCCUACGGGUGGCCGAGGUGUGGCUGGAUGAGUACAAGUACAACGUCAACAUCGCCUGGAACCUUCCUUUUCGGGAUCACGGCGUGGACAUCGGCAACGUAUCUGAACGCAAGGCGCUGAGGGAGCGGCUCAAGUGCAAGCCCUUCAAGUGGUACCUGGAUAACAUUUACCCCAUGCUGGACCCUCUCAAAGACCUGGUCGCCUAUGGAGCGUUAAUAAACGAGCUAAAGCCGGAUCUGUGCAUCGACCAGGGUCCGGUUCCGGGCAGCACACCCAUCCUCUACUCUUGCCACUAUUUUUCCCCGCAGCAUUGCUUCUACCGGACCAAUGGACACCUCUACGUGGGUGGCAUCAAAUCCCACAAGUAUAACAACAACCGCUGCCUGGUGGACCCUGGCAGUGGCAUCUACCCGGCCCUCUAUGAGUGCAACAUAGCUGCGCAGAAGAAUUUCAACAUGUUUUGGGACUUUAAGCAGGGAUCAUCGAUCCGGAACAGAAAGACGAAGCGGUGUCUGGAGAUCGCCCAGGGUGAAAACAGCUACUAUCAGCUUAUUGUACAACAUUGCACGGGUCAGAUCUGGAACAUUCAGAAUUACAUCACAGAAAGAGUUGCUCAAGGGUAACAAGUCCAAUCAGCAAACUAGUUAGGUGGGGGCCUGAAUUUAAUUCACACCACAUCCCCUCAGCGUGAGAGAUUUUGCACUCGAUGAGCCACAAUUACUGACAAGUACAGAUGGGCGAGGAAUUCCUUCAAAAGUCCUGUUCCAAAAAUUUAAUUGUGCAGCAGCUUGUUGAGGCAAUCAACCCGUCGAGUCUUAAUCAAAUGGAAGACCUAGCCAGUGGCUACCUCCUGUCCUCGUGAAUAUGGGCUGUAUCUGACUUCAUGGGUGAGGAGGGAGGCAUCUUGCAUCAUGCUGAUUCUUUUGAUAGAUUUAAGAUUUCUUGUACUCAAACAAGUACAAGCAAAUGGUGAAAACAUUCACACUAUCCCUGAUUAACAUGGUUAAACAAGAUAAAAUGUAUUCAAUGAUAACUCCAUGUUUAAGGCUGCUACAUGUCAACGGGAUUGAUUUCUGUGAUGAUAAAUGUAACAAUACAUUUAUUAGAGGCUAUUUUUUGAAAACUGUUUUCCUGGUACUUUGAAACGUGGUUAUAUUUUGAAUGACUUCAGGUCAGGAGAUUAGAUGCAAGUAUUUGAAAUUUUCCGUCCCACCAAAAACAAAGGAACUUCAAUUUAAAAUUAUCAAUAUUUUCCCAACCAAGAAACUUUGGAAGAUGAAAUUUAAGAUGAAUGUAGAGAAGGUGAAAUUGAAUAUUUAGACCAUCUUUUCUUUUGCUGUGAGUUUGUACAAAGGUUAGCUUGUUCAAUAAAGUUGCUCUUUAUUUCUCUUA